AUGGAAAGCAUUACCAGUGGAAUGAAUUUUUUGAAACGACGGUUCAGUUCGCAAGAUUCCUGUGACGAGAAGACACCGACAAUGUCAGCUACAGCGCCAGCGCAGCAAUCACAUACCACUAACACGUCUAAUGGUUUUCCGCUUACAACCGGAUUUUCGUUUUCAAAUAUUGCUAACAAAGUUUCUAGCACAAUUAGUGCUCCAAGUUCGCCAUCUAAAAGUGGUAUGUCGGUGUACUCGCAGGUUCAGGGUAUAACUAAAAAUUUGAUGCAUGCUGCAUCUGGUGGCAUCUCCUAUAACCAGACUCAUCGUGGUAAUUAUAAAACUGUGCUUAUUAUUGAUGAUGAACCAGUUGAUUGGUUUGUGUCACUUACUUUUUUUUUCUUCUCUUUUAUUUAUUUAUUUCUUUCAUUUUUCAUAAAUGACGCUGUCGUUUACUAUACCGCACCGUUUUGGAAUAUUCACGUUUGCUGUUUUGGUUACAAAGAUUGUACAGUUGAAAUUCGAACAGAAAAAGAACGGAGAGUUUUUCAUCCAGAUUUUGUACUCUAUCAUCAGUUACCCAAAAGUGAUAAAGGCGAUUUCUCCAACAUUGUUUUUGCUUUGCUUAAGUCUGGCGUGCCUACAAUAAACCCACCAGAAGCUGUAGCGACAUUCAUCAACAAGAUAUGGAUGCACUGGCAACUGCAGAGGAGGGGUUUAAUGCAGAGUAUACCAAUAAUCAACCAGCAGUACUACCCGUCGUUUGAGCAUUUUGAACCAACAACGAAGUUUCCAGUCGUCAUCCGGGUUGGUCAUGGUACUAAGGGCUGCGGUAAGAUAAAAAUUGAUAAUGAGCUGCAGUUGUUAGAACUGGAAGGGAUUAUUCGAACGUUUAAGGGGAGUGAAGUAACAGUCGAACCAUUUAUCGAAACCAAAUACGACUUACAUUUGCAGAAGAUCGGAAGCGAGAUGAAGUCGUUUAUUCGUAAAGGAAUCUCAAACAACUGGAAAAGUAGUGCGAGUUCGGCAGUUCUUGAGCAAAUUGCAAUUACUAAUCGGCACAGACAGCUGACUCAGUCUAUUUCGGACAUGUUUGGUGGGAUGGAUUUGAUUGGCAUCGACAUUUUGGUAGCAAAAGAUGGCCGAGAAAUUGUUCACGAUGUCAAUGACGUGCUUAACUUACUUGGUGAUGCACAGGAGGAAGACCGAAGAGCUAUAGCAGAUUUAGUUCAAACCAAGAUAGUUCAUCUGUACGUUACUUUUAGUAUGCCUAAUUUUUCACAAAAAAAAGAAGUUGUAAAAUCUUAUUUCAAAUUUUUCACUCAGCAAGCUCAGCAACAACAGCAACAGCAUCAUCCGGACGCCAUAAUACAACGAAAGCCUGAACAACCACCCUUGCCCCCUCGGCCUACUACAGCCACCAUGACGCCUAGCAGUUCAAUAGAACAGCCACAUUCAAUGAAAAUGUCAACUGAACACAAAGACUCGCAGAAAAAGAAUGCCUCAGAAUCGGUGAAAGAGCAACAGCAUCCAAAGCCUACGCGCCAAAAAAGUUUGGCUGAAAAAGAGCCGCUCAGUCAGAAUUCCUUCCAAGACGAUACUAUGGGACAAUUGAAACGGACGUUUGCUGGCAUUUUUGGUGAUGUAUAA